AUGUUGACUUCGAUAUUCCGUAUCGAGUUACGCUCGUUUCGUGUACCAAACAGUUGGUGGAAGGUGCACGAGUGCCAAACAAAACGUGGCACGCAAGGAAGCAAGAUAUUAUGCGGAUGUGGCCGACUUGAUGGCACCGAAAUUUCGGAAGCUGUUUCAACAGCGAUACAUUUACGGCAUAAAAAUAUGAAACCGUUAUUUUAUGCUCCGGACAUGGAGAUUAAUGGCGUGGUCAAUCAUCUUACCAGAGAAAUGGAUACUACAACUCCUAGAAAUGCUCUCGUUGAAGGUGCUAGAUUAGCAAGAGCAUGCAUAAAACCUCUAUGCGAGUGUGAAGCUUGUACGCAUGGCGCCCUAAUUAUACCUGGAGGAUUUGGUGCUGCUCGCACUAUGAGCAAUUUUGUUGAGAAAGGUGCCGAUUGCACAGUUAUACCGGACUUAGAGAAGCUCAUCGAGGACUUUUACUGUGAGAAAAAACCGAUCGGCACAAUGUGCAUAGCUAGUGCGCUUGUUGCUAAAGUGUUGAAGGGUGUGAAAGUCACGCUUGGCAAAGAUUCACCAAAAAAAGACUGGCCGUACGCUGAUGCUAUCGCGAAAGUCAAGGCUAUGGGGGCUAAGAUUGAAAUGAAAGAUGUUAAAGGAGUAACAGUAGACAAGAAUUACGGAGUUCUCAGUACACCAGCCUGGUUGUACGAACCAGCUACUUAUUCAGAAAUUUAUGAUGGUAUUGGCAAACUUGUCACAAUGUUAAAAAAAUGCAUGAAUAAGUAAUAUGUAUUCAAAUGUCUCUGGAAAUCACACUACGUGAUGUCAGGUUACACUUUAAUAAUUUAUUAUUAAAUUUGUUUUUUUGCAUGUACUAUAUUUAGAGAGAGCAAAAAUUUUUGUUACUUUAUUCUAUAUAUUAUUUUUAUAAUUAAAAUAUUUUUUAUAUCAUGUAAAUUAUUUUUAAAAGUAUUAAAAGUAUUGUUACCUACCUUGUAAAUGCGCAUUUUUUUGUAGAAUUAACGUAGGAUUAUGGGACAGGAACGUUA